AUGUCCAGUGACACUGUCUACCGUCUGCACGAGUCUCUGCAAAUUGCCGCCAUCUACCCACCAUACAUCAUGGUCGGCUGGUCAUGGGGCUCUAUCGACGUCCAGAACUUUGUGCUCUCCUACAUGGACGAGGUCGUCGGCAUGAUGACCCUCGAUGGCACUGACUCUGGCUACGCCUUUGACCCAGCCAACCCACCCACUGCCUCGUACGCCACCGGUCUCGUCGAGAACUUCCUUCAGUUACCCACUGCCGUCCUCCAGGGCGCCGCCGACGCCGGCCAGAUCCCACUGGUGUUUGGCUACUUCCAACCAUCUGACAACCUGCCCGCCACCGCCAAGUCUGCCAGCAACCAGUGGUACGUCACCAGCAAGACCUUGACUACCAUCCUGCAGGAGCUCCAGAUUAUGAUCCCAAGCGCCAACGUGCUCAACUCAACCUACAUCUCCAAGGGCACCUCCAAGCCCCUCUCCAACAUGCCCUUUGUCGCUCUGACCGCCGAUGCCAACGGUGCCGACUGGAUCUCACGUCAGAACACCCUCGUGUCGCUCUCAUCCAACAGCAUCCACCUGCAUACCAACGCCUCCCACUUUAUCCCCUUGGAGGAACCCCGCUGGAGCUGUCAAUGCCUUCAAGCAGCUGCUUAA